GAGUAUUCUGUUGCUUUAAAACAUUUUAGUUCUUUAGAGAGAUUCCAACAAAAACUCAUUUCUCAUUUCAGGCCUUUGAAGACCUCAGCAAGCUAAUGGUCAAGGCUAAGGAAAUGGUGGAGUUAUCAAAAUCAAUUGCUAAUAAGAUCAAAGACAAGCAAGGUGACAUCACAGAAGAUGAGACCAUCAGGUUUAAGUCCUAUUUGCUGAGCAUGGGAAUAGCUAACCCAGUUACCAGGGAAACCUACUGCUCGGGCACACAGUACCACAUGCAGCUGGCCAAGCAGCUGGCUGGGAUGCUGCAGGCACCGCUAGAGGAACGAGGGGGAAUAAUGUCACUCACGGAGGUGUACUGUUUAGUAAACCGAGCUCGAGGAAUGGAAUUGCUCUCACCAGAAGAUUUAGUGAAUGCUUGCAAGAUGCUGGAAGCGCUAAAAUUACCUCUCAGGCUCCGAGUUUUUGACAGUGGCGUCAUGGUAAUUGAGCUUCAGAGCCAUAAGGAAGAGGAAAUGGUGGCCUCAGCCUUGGAGACAGUUUCAGAAAAGGGAUCCCAGACAUCAGAAGAGUUUGCUAAGCUGGUGGGAAUGUCUGUCCUCCUGGCUAAGGAAAGGUUGCUUCUUGCAGAGAAGAUGGGCCAUCUUUGCCGAGAUGAUUCAGUGGAAGGCUUGCGUUUUUACCCAAAUUUAUUUAUGACACAGAGCUAAGGGUUUUUUUGUAUUUCAAAUCCUUCUUGUUCACGUACUUGUAUCGUAUAGACGUUGUAGGACAUUGAGCUCAGAGUAAACCAUGAUAAACUGAGAAUUUCUGGAACUUUAUGCUAUACUAUACUAUAAAACCUUUUUAAUUUCUCCCUAAAUAUUAUGGUCCAGGAAGUUUACUUGGGAUAAAUAUAGGAAAAUACAGAAAACUGAAGGCUGCUAUGAAUUUGAAAUCAUGCUACCCUGAGAGUUUAACCUGAAAUCUGGUGGAUUUUAACUUGACCCUCCAAUCUGACCUUUUUUUUUUUUUUUUUUUUUUUAAAGAAGGGGGCUUAGUUAAUGGGGGAA